AGGUGUAAAGAGGCAGAAAGCUGGAAGGAAGGAGCGCUUCUGCCAGAGACGGAGAAUUCUAAUGCUACCCUGAGUCAAGACGAUCCCCAAAGCGCUCGUGUACUACAUGCCCACGUGCGUGCGUGCACCAGCGGAGCAAAGACCUGAGAGUCGGUGUCUGAGGCAGCACCAGGAGACGCAGAGGGACCGCAGGCAGGGCCCCGGCGAGCGCGCUGCCCUGGCGCUCAGCCCAGUGGCCGCCCACUGGCGGGGGAGCCGGGAAGGGGAGGCGGUGGCCGCGGCGGCGGCGGCAGGGUUUCCCCGGGCUUCCCCUCCCCGGGUCUCAGGCGCCCGCUGCAGGCCCAGCGCGCUGAGGUGGCGCCCGGGCGCUAGGGGUCGGGGAGUUCCAGAGGCGCCCCGGCUUCCCCGGCGGACGCUGCGUUCGAAGCGCCGGGAGCGGCCAGCGCAGCACCCCGGAGCCCCGCGGCCCCGGCGCGAGGUCUGGGCCGAGCCCUCCCCGCCCGCCCCCGCCCGCCCCCGCCCGCCCCCGCCCGCCCCCGCCGGCGCCCGCCUCUCGCCCCCGCCCGCGGCCUGGAGCGCGCCUCCCUCGCCGCUCAGGGUCUGGCGGCGGCGCCGGCUGAGCCGCGGGAGCCGCGGAGAGCGCCAGCAGCCGCUGCGGGAGCUGCUCCGGCCGCACCAUGCGAGAGCUGGCCAUCGAGAUCGGGGUGCGCGCCCUGCUCUUCGGGGUCUUCGUGCAAUUUCUUUCCUCACACCUUUGGCUGUUAUUUGUGUGGUGAAAAUUAUCCGGCGAACAGACAAGACUGAAAUUAAGGAAGCCUUCUUAGUUGCCUUUUCAGGACUCGGUUUUACGACAUUCUACUUGGCGGGAAAGCUGCACUGCUUUACGGAGAGUGGGCGGGGCAAAAGCUGGAGGCUUUGUGCUGCCAUCUUGCCCCUGUACUGUGCCAUGAUGAUAGCCCUAUCCCGCAUGUGUGACUACAAGCAUCACUGGCAAGAUUCUUUCGUUGGUGGAGUGAUCGGCCUCAUUUUUGCGUACAUCUGCUACAGACAGCACUAUCCUCCACUGGCCAACACAGCUUGCCAUAAACCAUAUGUCAGUCUUCGAGUGCCGACCUCGAUGAAGAAAGAGGAGAUGCCCACAGCUGACAGCGCACCAACCUUGCCUCUGGAGGGGAUCACUGAAGGCCCCGUAUGACAAGUGUUCUAGGCUGAUGGACGCUGAGCCCCCAACACACUCUUGCACCCUGACAUUAUAACACAAUGGAAAAGAGUUUGCUGUAGUGUGUUUCUCAUCAGUUGUCUCUCAAAGUUUCCCUUCUGCUUUCAUUUUGCCAAUGGUGUUCUUGCCACUCUAAGUGUCCCCUAGCAGCAGUUUGAGUUUACAAGGUUUGGACAUCAGGAACAAUCUGAGAGCUGUGUGGGAAGGAGGCUGCCCAGAUGGGAUGAGUGUAGCUCAGCUGAUUCUUCCACCUGAAAUGUUUGCUGAAGCAACCACCUUCCUCUGUUUUCAUGGUUGUAAAACAUAAUAAAACCUCAUAUCUGGAA